CCAAAUCAGACGGACGACAAAACCCCAGGAAAAAACGCGCUCUCUCUCUUUCUAUCAGUACCCUCCCUAAAAAUACCAUUUUAUUAUUCGUUAAACGAAACAGAGACUCUCAGGUUGAGAAAGUUGGUUACUUGGUCUCAGUUUCAGAAAGAAUUCAAACACAGAGAGAGAGAGAGAGAGAGAGAUGGGAAAUAUAUCGUGUGUGUUUUGUGGGUGCGUAGAGCAAGCGAGCGUAGGAGUGGUGGAGAGGUGGGGCCGGUUCGAGAGAUUGGCUGAGCCUGGCCUUCAUUUCUUCAACCCUCUCGCCGGUCAAUGCUUCGCCGGUUAUCUCUCCACCAGGAUUUCCUCUCUCGAUGUCAAAAUCGAGACCAAAACCAAGGACAAUGUUUUUGUGCAAUUGAUUUGCUCAAUUCAAUACCGAGUUAUUAAAGAAAAUGCUGAUGAUGCAUUUUAUGAGUUGCAAAAUCCCAAAGAGCAGAUUCAGGCUUAUGUAUUCGAUGUUGUUCGAGCUCUAGUUCCGAGAAUGAAUUUGGAUGAUCUCUUUGAACAAAAGGGCGAGGUUGCUAAAUCUGUCUUGGAGGAACUUGAGAAGGUGAUGGGAGCAUAUGGAUAUAGCAUAGAACACAUGUUAAUGGUUGACAUAAUACCUGAUCCCUCUGUGCGCAGGGCAAUGAAUGAGAUAAAUGCAGCUCAAAGACUUCAGCUAGCUAGUGUAUACAAGGGAGAAUCAGAGAAGGUGCUCAUAGUCAAAAAAGCAGAAGCUGAAGCUGAAGCCAAAUACCUAGGUGGUGUUGGUGUGGCCAGGCAGAGGCAGGCAAUCACAGAUGGCUUGAGAGAGAACAUUGUGAACUUCUCUCACAAGGUGGAGGGCACCUCGGCAAAGGAAGUGAUGGAUCUGAUCAUGGUCACUCAAUACUUUGAUACGAUUAAAGACCUCGGCAACUCUUCAAAGAACACUACUGUGUUUAUUCCUCAUGGCCCUGGUCAUGUUAGGGAUAUUGGUGAUCAGAUACGUAAUGGUGUGAUGGAGGCAGCCAGUGGUCAGGCAAGUGUUGAGUAAUUUAUGUACAGUCAAACCUCCGAACAUAUAUCCCUCUAUAUGAUAUAUUACGAUGAAAAAAUACCCUUUUUUUCCUGUUGAAUUUUGAACAAAAGGAUGGUGUUUAUAUUGGUAUAGUAAUAGAGUGUUGAUAUAUGGUCAAUGAGAUUUCAGCUGGUUUUUCUUCUACUGUACAAGGAUGCUAAUUAUAAGGAUUUUGCUACUGAGCUUGCAUAUA